GUCGUUGCUCCCUGCCUUCGCCCCGCCCCUUUAGCAAUGGCGGCCGCGCUCGGAGAAAUUGAGCGCGGCCUCCUCUGAGAGGAAGCCGGGCCUGCUUUUUUUUUCCCCCUCAGCUCGGGGAGGCGCCCGGGGCGGCCGAAGAGUGGAGAGGGGGGGUGGGGGCAGGCUUUAAGCUCACCGCGGUGACCGGGAGGAGAAGGGCCGGGCCUGGAAGGGAAUGGAGAAGGGCGCUGCCAGGCAGAAGGAAGGCCUGAGAGGGAGAGACUCCAGUGGGGGCCCCUCUGAGGGCCCAGAAGGCCCUCAGAAAGGACCUAGAAGGCAAUUGACGGAAAAGGGGCCCAUCUCAGGCGCCAUGGGCCCCAUAUCAAGGACAGUGGGCACCGUGUCAAGGGCCCUGGGCCCUGCUGUGGCCCCAGGCCCCCCAAGUGGUGCCCCCAACCCCCAUGCAGACUCUUGGCUCCAGAGGAUGCUGGGCCUAGUCCUCAAAGCUUCUGACCUGAGGGUCUCCCUGACAGAGGCAAUCCCGGUGACGGUGCUGCUCCUGCAGAGAUAUAUGGCCGAGGAGCCGCCACCCGUGCCCAAUGCCCCCUGCCCGGCCUACUACUACUACGACGUAACUGUGACGGAUGGCACCUACCAGGAGAAGUGCCUCCUGGCCCCCCAGCUGAACGGCCUGGUCCAGCGAAAUGGGCUGGGCGCCGGGCGACAAAUCAAGAUCACCCAGUGUUCCUACAUGUACAACGAAAGGAGCCUCAGCCCGGGCUUUGUGUGCAUUGAAGAGCUGGAAAUCCUAGAAGGGGUUUCGGUCUUCGCCGGGCUUCCCUCCCAGCUCAGAAUCUGCCAUGUGAAGACCAUGCUCCCCUUGAAAGGGAGCAGGAAGCAUUACCUUCCUCUGUGGAACAAUGACGAUCCCUUUGGGGAGAUGUGGGUGGCGAGGAAGCCCUUGAGGGAGGCCAGUCUGGAGGAAUUCAAACCAACAUCCAUCUCUAUUCUGGCCAUGACCUGGGAAAGCAAACUCAGCUUCCCACCGUUGCGUGUCAGAAUCAUCCAUAAGUCUCGGUUACGGUAUUUUGGAAAACCAAAAACAAAGCUAGAUGUGCCAUAUCAGGCUUAUUUUGAUGUCGCUGAUCAAUCUGGCAUGGUGUUAAUGGUGCUGUGGGGCUCUUUAUGCCCUGAAUGGUAUCACAGUAUGAAAAUCGGCACCGUGCUGCUGCUUGAAAAAUAUGCUGUUAAAAAAAGUUUAUCUUCUAAAAUACAGUCAAGUCCUGAAGAUUUGCACAUGAAGAGAUUCAGUUCAAUAGAAAUCGCUUUAAACGUUCGAGACCCUCCAGCUAAAAUUAACAUCAUUCCAGAACAUAAAAUUAAACCAGAAUGGAAGUUGCCUGAAGUUGAAUAUCAGUUUGUAACAAGAUCCGAGUUGGAUAAGUUAGCACAAAAUCAGUUUUGUGACAUCAUUGGACUUGUACAAUAUGUUGGACGGGUCGAGCGCAAGAAGAGAAAAGGUUGUGUGGAUGACUUUUGGACGUAUCGCUGGGUACAUGUUGUUGAUGGGACCUCAGAACAGCCUUUUAUAAUAGAAUUGUUUUCCACAUCUCAGCCAGAUAUAUUUGAGCAAAUUUACCCAAUGACCUACUUGGUAUGUACCCAGAUGAGAGUGGAACAAAAUAUUUCUGAGAAUGGCUCCAGUACAGCCUAUUUAACAACAUCUAUGAAAACUCAAAUGUUUACUUCAGGAUGGCACAAGGGCCAGCCAUAUAUAAAAGAUCCGAAGGUGCAAAACUUUAUCCAGUGGAUGAGAACCCAAGAGGAAGCUUCUUACGUGGACAAAGUCGUCAUUGGGGGAUACCAUCGUUUCCCGCCACUCCCACGUACAUUUGCAGAAUAUUGUAAAAAUAUGAAUGAAGAAUUAGUUUUGAUAUCCAUCAGUGAAAUUGAGAAGGAGAUUGACAGUUUGAACUACAGGGAACAGAAGCACAUUGCUUUUCAAGGGAUAAUUAGUGCUAUAAGAUGUGUCAGCUGCAGCAGUACCUCCCAGGAUGCCUCAGGAGAAUCACCAAUGCAGAUCGAGAAAAGCUCAUCAGUAGGUACGUCUUUGUCAGAACAGCAGCAAGCGAGAGAAUCAACUUCUAGGCAGAAGUCGCCAUCUCUGGAGCAACAAACCAUAGUAACCAGGAGUUGUGUAAAGAGACGGAUUUCAGCUGUAGAGACCACGGAUCACCCUCCUGUGACUUCUCAGCAUUCAUAUUUGACAAGGUCAACAAGCAAAAGAAGAACGUUGCCCAAUUUUUCGCAAGAUAAUUCUGUUGCCAAUAAAGACAAUGCAGAAGUGAUGGAAACAGCACAGACGCACGAAACAGGUAACAAAGAAAUAGCUGAUGGAUCUGAAAAAGUUCAUCGACAAAGGAUGUGUCACAAUUCCUGGGAAAGCCUUCUCUGGACCUCCGUAAAAGAGAACUUAGCGCAGCACUUGAACUUCAGCAAGAUUUUCCCAGAAAGCUUCCCUUGCAAAUUUAAUUACGCUCACAAAGAAGUCCUGUUGAAACAAUACAAUCUUCAAGCAGCCAAAUUCCAGCCAGAAAAAUGCCUGGCGAGCGGAGAAAUGAGUCACUUUGAAAAUGCCUGUCCUCUUGAAUACUAUCAAGUGGCUAUUCUCGGCGUAAAUCAUGAUACAGCUGUAGAGGUUGCCCUCCUGAAUGACUCUUACUUAUUUCAAGUCAAAGAGGCAUCACAAAAUGCAGCACCUUCUCACAAAAACGGUACUACACCUUGCCAGGAAACCAUUAACCAAGGAGGACUUUUUGAGUUACUUUCACUUCCAGAUGAUUUCAAAGCCGCUGCCCUGGAGAACCAACGUGUCAUCUGUAUUCUGGAUGUUUGUCCUCUGGAUAACGAGAAAACCGAAGUCUUUCUUAGGAAAAUAUAUAAGAUAACAGAAGUUGAUGUAGUCAACCAAACAUAGUUCCAUGGUUUGACAUAAAUGUAUUGUAAACUGAGAAGAGGAUUAAACUUGCAAGAGAAUGUUUUUCUCCUGCUAUGCUAUCCUCAAUUUGGAUAUUUUAGCAGUGGUUAAGGAAAGUUUCUGGUUCUUUCAUACUUGAAUGUUACAGAAGUGUUUUGACAGAUACUUGCCUCUCAAAUGAGGGUGUUUUUUGGCAACAAGUACUGCACACAUAUUGCUUUCUUAACCUUUGUUUAAGUUUAAAGUAGCAAAAGAUAAGCCAGCUAUGCAUCCGUUAGUCAGAUCCUGCCCUGUGAUAACUGAAGGCCGUACAUAGGAAGACUGUGGCUCUUUUGCUGCUUAUCUCUGCUUUCUGGGUGACUGAAUUUGGUCUGAUUAUGAAAAGCUUGUUGCGGGCAGUGAGCUAAAAAAGUUUUUCCUCCCUCAAAAGUUGCCUCAUUAAAUCGCCUUUCAUCAACAGCCUGCAGAAGGCUUGGAUGAAGGAUGAAGGCAAGCCACCAGGACAGAGUUCAUCUUUGGAACUUGUUUGUGGAGCCUGCACAAAUGCUGCAGCGGGGAGUGUGUCACUGCCGUAAUCAAGCACCUUAGAUUUGCUUUGUCAACUCUGGAUCAUGAUUACAUUGCCAGCUGAUCAUUAUACGGUGGCGGCCUCUUCCGCAGAUGAUGAGCUGUGGGGGGACAUGGGCAAAACACUCCAAUCAGGAGUCGUAAUUUUGGGUUUUGUUAUGGAAUGGAAAUGAAGUAGAACUGCCUUGGGUGCAGAAGUACCAGUCCAGCGCAGACGGGUAAAAACUGAUCACGUGGUUUGAGAGCGGGCAUAGUACAGCUGCAACCCAGUCACCCAGAAAAGGGAAGUCGAACAUGUGUGUAUUUGCAUUCAGCCAUGGAAGAAGUGAGUGUGCCUUUUAGUGUGACUUGGAAGAAAUGAGCGGUCCUUUUUUUUGUAUAUUGUAUUGCACUAUUGCUUUGAUAUUGUAGUUGUUUUAUUGGCAGGGCCACAGAGAAACUGUUGGGUAUGCCCGAAAACCUCUCUCGCUGCUGUCUUUCCUUCCCCAGACUGAAACAACAACCAUGCCAGUAAUUCCAGCCUCCUCUUUCUUUCAAGAAAUGUCAGGUUUGACAGAUGCCCUACUUGGUCCUUUUGGUACCAAAAUCUUCCCUUUUUUUCUAGGAUUUUAAUUUUUUUAUAACAAUUAUAAUGUCCUGCAGUUCACUUCUGUUUAAAUAUAUUGAUUUUAAGAUGAUGAUGUCUGAAAAAAAUGUUGUACUGAAAGAAAGAAUAAAAAUGCAUCAAGCAUGUAAUUGUCUAUAGUGCCAGAAGUUGUAUUAAUGCAUUGCUUCCAGUUGGAAUAAAUGCAUUUAUAUAAGCGUCUUAGUUCAAAUAGUUCCUCUGAUUCCUACUACUAUUUCACAAUAUGGAGGGGUAGUGGGCGGGAACAGGAUUUGCCAAAGAUGUUGAUGGUUACGACCAAUAUUAGAAAAUUAAAUUGCAAAAGAUUGAUAGAGCCAGCAUGUUAUUUCAGUGUUCAAACUCGGGUUUAAAAAAAAAAUGUAGUGAGCCCUAGACCCUUCUAAAAUCAGUGUGAUACGUUCAAACUGUAUGUAUUUUUAUAACAUUCAUUUGAAGCGAGGUUUCGUUUUAAAAAGUGCUUUAAAAUAAAAGUGACGUUAUACAGUAACAAA